AUGUUGACUUGCUACUACAAAGUUCGGAACAAACUGUCGUCAUCGGAGGCUGACGCGGUGCGCACCGGCGCUCGUUCCCGAAAUCGUUCGCUCAAAAAGUCGCCGGCAGUUCAGGAUGACGAUCCAACGACGCAUCACCAUCAGCACCAUCCCCAUCAACAGACAAACCAUCUGUUCCAGCAUCAACAGUUUGCUCAAAACUUGCUAUCACAACAUAAUCAGGUGACAACAACCCACCACCACUCCAUGCAACAUCUCCACAAUGCCUCAUCUCUUCAACACCAUCUAACACUUCCAUCGUCGAGCUCCAUGGCUCCGGAGCCGCGUCGAGCAGCUAGCUUUGAUGUGUCCGCAAGUCAGAAGCUCAGUCCAGCCCCAUUCCGUGUUGGGUCAUUUGACACUGGGCGUUCGGCAUUCUCGCCAGUUGAAGUGCCACGCCUUCUGGUUCAAUCCCCAUUGUCACCUCUUCAGCUGGAACCGCCGCCCGUCGCCACCGACAGCCGUCUUUUAACCGUACCGUCGCCGUCGGAUUUCCGAAAAAGUCCCGUUUCGUGCGAGUCACCGAAAAGCGGUACUGGCCAGCCUGCCACGUCAAUGGACAUUCUGAAUUCGCUGAGCCUAAAUCCGGGAUUAAUCUCCCAGCUGACUGCGGCAAUCUCACGACCCGUUGGGGUCACAUCUCCAUUACUCGAUGAUAUGAAGCUUAAUUUUGGAACCGUGCCAAAAAUUGAGCAAAUGGAUUGUUCUGGUGGCUCGUUUGAAACCGCGAAUUCCGGAAGUUUUGAUAUGAAUAUGAUGAGCGCUCAUUCUUCAUUUGAUCAGGGAACCGCUGGCAUCAACAUUGCCACACCAGAAAUUUUGGCGACCAUGCCGCCAAAAUCAGUAAUUCAAGACGAUAUUCGUGGCGGAAGUGGACGAUUCUCGUUGGUUCGGAAACGAGGAAGAUCUGAAGUUUGGAAUCUGUUUGGGCAGGUCCUGGACGGCGCCACCCAACUGCGUCUACCGUACGUCGCUUGCUACGCAUGCAAAGUUCUCUACACCGACACCGGCGGCGGUACCGGUAACAUGACAAGACAUCGUUGUCCAAUAGGUGCCAGCUAUCGUUCAAGCACCCACGCCUCUUCUACAGAAACCGUAGAAGCAAGAGGAACCGAUUCAUUCGACUCCACAAUGUCUGCCAGAAACUUCGGGGUCGAUGGUGUCAAAAAUCAAUUAUCGAUUAGUAUGGGAGGAGAGUCCACUAGCGGAUCCGCUCAGUCUGGAUCCGGCAACUCUUCUCUUCCACUGCUAACCCAACAUUCCGGAGAGGAAUUCCAGAAUACAAUUGGUGACGUGGAUCGAGAAGUUCUAAUCGAUGCAGUUGUCAAAUGUUGUGCUGUGGACCUUAUCGAUCCAAUUGUCUUUUCUGGAAAGGGUUUUCGAGGACUGCUCAAACAAAUUAGCCACGUAUCAAAACGCUUGGGACCUGCUGUUAGCCCACCAGUUGAAGCGUUUCCGGAUAUUCAAACUGUCAGGAACGCUAUGCAAACACAUUUAAGAUUCUGUGCUGAUGAUUUGAAGAAUGAGUUGAGUAGAACGCCUCAGGGAUGUCGAUUGGCUUUGGAGACAUUGACUUACUCGGGAAGAGACUAUAGAGUAAUUCAUGGAUCACGAAUUAGUCCCGAUUGGAAAUGGAGGAGCAAUAUUUUGGGAGUGUUCAAAGCACGGGAGAACGAAUCGCUGAGCGAGAUGAUCAACAUUGUUGUGCACAACUACGAGCUGAACAAGAACAUCCUUCGGGUUACUGUACCAAAUGCCAACAACGAUUUGGAAAAGUCCUAUCGAUCCUACUUCGAUAUCAAGGCCAAAUUGAAAGAGGUGAGACAAAUAAAGUUCUUCGAAUGCAUAAAGUCAAAAACUAAAGGAAAAAUAGAUACAAAGUUUUACAAAGUUCUUGAAACUGGAAAAUCUCAAAUUUCAUUUUUCUUGCAGAUCCUGUUCCAAAUCCUCUCCACAUGUUCUCAACCCGUCAUGGAGAUGCUAACAGCCGUCGACCAGCUCACCAAAGCCCUUGUAGAUGCAGACAUCCGUCUUCCAUUUGUUGUAGAACCACGAGAAGAUAUUUUCGAUGUCCAUCAACUUUUGGCAGAAUGGAAUGAUCAAUGGGGACAACUGGAACAGAUAAUUUCCACGAAAUGUGCGGAUACUCUGCUGGAAAGUUUCAAAAAGUUGGAUCCGGUUCACAUGAGAGAUUUGGAGAUUUUCAUUUUACCAUUCCGUGAAACAGUGGAGUCUCUAACCUCCGAACAUCCCAAUUUCCACAAAGUACUGCCUGAAUGGUUGGCUUUACAACACGAAUGCCAACUUCAGAACGAUGAGCCAACUGCGUUGCUCCGUGAGCUCAAACAAAUUGCCUCAAGGAUUCUAGAAGCUGAGAAAGAGCUAAUUAUGACUGAUGAACAUAUGAUUGCGGUGCUGCUGAAUCCAAGACUCAUUAGGAAGUUAAGCAUGAUACUUACCGAUCAAGAAAGAGCAAUCGCUUGUGAGAAGAUACGGUCACAAUGUGGAUUCCGGAAUCCGAAGGAGCCAUUGAGUCGAGGAAGUUCGUGUGAUGGGGAGCCGCAUCGGAAGAGAAGAAUGUUCCUGUCGUCGUUGGAGGAUGAUCAGGUUACUGAUGAAUUGGAGUGCUAUUUGAGAUCACAGUAUCCACCAAAUCAGACAAAAGACGUCAUCACAUUCUGGAGCACCACCGGCCACACCCAAUUCCCAAUGCUCAGCUCCAUGGCUCGCCGAGUCCUUUGCACUCCGGCCGUAGCUCCAGUGACCCAAUUUGAUGCACGAUGUGCAUCAGUAAGCCCAGAUCAGCUCCACACAUUCCUAAUGCUCCGUUCCAUGUUUGAUUCGGAGAAAGAUGAAGAGCCUAGCCUGUGA